ACACACACUUUGGCUUUUGGGCAUGUCACUGCUACCAACUCAUGCUGAUGGGCCUUCGCCAUUUACUGCUGGGGCGCGCCGACAACAAAGACGCCCAUCGCGUUCUCUACCGCUCAUCUUGCGACGUCUUUUACGGUUCCCUCAGAUGGACUUUGAGUUCGCAUCCUGGCAAAUGGCAUAUCUCAUUAUAGCACCUAGACGAGUAUAUCGAAAUAUAUAUUACCAUAAACAAACCAAGAAUCAGUGGGCUCGUGACGAUCCCGCUUUUCUCGUCUUAUUAGCAUGUUUACUAUGCAUCUCUGCGCUAGCGUGGGGUCUUGCUUAUGGAUUGGGUAUAAUGGGCAUCGUAAGAGCCAUGCUGUUCAUGGUCAUUGUCGACUUUUUAUGCAUUGGGUCAUUGGUGGCUACGUUUUCCUGGUUUGUUACGAACCGUUUCCUUACACACAACCAAAUGGCCCAUGCCGUAGAACAGAAAGUAGAAUGGGCUUAUGCAUUUGAUGUGCAUUGCAACUCUUUCUUCCCGGUCUUUCUCAUUCUUUACGUUGUUCAAUUCUUUUUCAUUUCACUGCUAAAACGGUCCAAUUGGAUUUCAUUGUUUGUUGGUAACACCAUGUAUUUUGUAUCGGCGGUGUGGUAUAUCUAUGGUACUUUCUUGGGUUAUAACGCUCUUCCAUUUCUUAUUCAUACCGAACUAUUCCUCUAUCCGAUCAUCAUCUGUAUCAUAUUGUACGCAGUCUCGCUUUUUGGGUUUAAUGUUAGUCAGCAUGUUCUUGCUUUGUAUUUUGGUAAUUAAAACAAGAGAAAAUACUACCAAUUGGCGC